AUGUCCUUAAUAACCUUUUACGACAUCGCUCUCGCAUCCCCUGCCCCAAAAUCUGCCUGUUCACCAAACCCCUGGAAAACCCGCUACGCCUUAAACUUCAAAAAUAUUCCCUACAAAACAACCUGGGUGCCACUACUCGCUAUCAGCUCCGUCCGCGGCGCUCUCAACAUCCCCGCCUCGCGCAAAUUCGCCGACGGAUCUCCCUACCAUACCCUUCCCGUUAUCUCCGACCCAGCCACCGGGCGCAUAGUGGGGGAUUCCUUUGGAAUCGCGACAUACCUGCAGGAACAAUACCCGUCCUCGGGGGCAGGCGACUUGUUCCCGGCACAGGAGCUGGGGUUCGUUUUUGGACGCGACUUGGCGCUUUUCGCGCCGAUUGCGGAGGCGGAGGUGGGGGAGGGGCCUGCUGCGAUGUACGUGAAGUUUAAUACGAAUGUCGACGCUGUGUUUAGUGCGCAUGCGCGCCUGAUGGCGCAUGGGAUGCCUUUUGAUCCUGCUACUGCAGAGGAGUGCAAGGUGAUGUUCUCGAAGAGGGUAGGAGCGCCAUGGGAGGCUUUGGCAAUUUAUGGGGAGGAGAGGCAAGAGUUGUUGAGGUCAUUUGACGAGACCCUGGGUGGACUUGCGAAGUUGUAUAUGAGUGACGAGAGCGGGCCGUUUCUGAUGGGGAAUAGGGCGAGUUAUGCGGAUUUCAUUGUGGGGGGUUGGUUGCGCAUGAGUCGGGGUAUGUUGCCCGAGGAGGAGUGGGAAGCGUUGAAGAGGUGGCAUAGCGGUGUAUUUGGAAGGUUACACGAGGCGCUAGAGGUGUUUGCGCAGAUGAACUAG